CCUCAUAGUCUGUCCGUUCACUCUUCCAUCCAGAAGCAAUAUCAAACUGCAAUAUCAGUAUGCCUUCUCAUCAUCAUAUGACUCAGUCCGACGCUUCCAGGAUCCAGUCCUCCCAGGCCAAAGGCGGCGGAGACAUGUCAUCUGGGGGCUUCGCUGCUCGAGCGCAGUCAGCUGGCGAUCGAGCAGCCACCUCCACCUCUCAGUAUUCAUCCCAGGGAUCUGCGUCCCAAACUUCAAGCUAUAAUCCUUCCUCGGCCGGUAGAUGGACCUCAGGCUCUGGUUCUACCGGCCAGGCCAGCCGAUGAGUGUGGAUCACAUGUCAUUUCGUAUGAAAAGUUUCAGGAUGGAUUUGUUUUGUUCUUGAUGGUAACUAUCUGGUCGUGUAUUUCAAAUUGGACGUCUGUGUAGUAGUUAGUUAGUGUGUGUGUG